AUGAGCUCCCAAGAUCCUCUACUCGCCCUUCGCCAGGCAAUUAAAUCUAAAAGCAUAGUCACCUACUCAACCGAUGGCAGGCCAUGUUCAUCACUGGUCAAUGCGAAACAGCUGGUCAUUGACGGACAUUCCUACACCAAGUCAAGCUCAACACGAUAUCGGAAGGCGGGGGCUCCAUCGGAUUUCUACUCCUUGGAUGCGGUGUACGUUGCAUGGCUUCUUCGAGAUGCGCCAGGAGCAGAGUACAUGAAGCAGGCCCGUGAGCAUGGGUUGGCGGUUGGAUUCGUUAGUGUGACGGAGCGGAAACAUGUCGUGGAUUGGCUGGAAGGAAGGAUUUCUGAUAGCAACAGGAUAGCGCCACUUUCUGCGGGCGAAUCAACGACACCACCUGGAACACCACCACGACCAACUGGUGGACAGACGUCUCAAGCCACUCCACGUCCACGGGGCGCAGAAGCUCAUACAUCAUCUCCCACAAAGAGGCGCUACGUGGCCGAUGCACAAGAUGUCGAAGUCGUGAAGAAGAUCAAGCAGAACGAGGUUGAACUUAGGGAUCGGACUACUGUACUGAGAGGAACGAAACCCAAUAACUUUUCCGCUGUACGGACGGCUUACACUGAGAAGCUGAAGAAGCUGAGGGAAGCCCGACCAGGAACUGGCUCCACUCCUGCAACGCCUGUUGCCGACCCCAAGAUGCUGGCAAGGAAAGCCCGACACAACCAGCCCAUCAUCAUGAUUUCUUCUUCUCCCACAGCUCUCAUUACCAUGCACAACGUAAAGCGAUUUCUGGAAGACUCGACGUUUGAACCCUCACAAGAAGCCCGUGCCCGAGCUACGUCUGAAGGCAACCUGCGGCCCGAGGACCUUAUUCCAAUAUAUCGAAAACGUACCACCAUCGACAGCAGUGGGAAGGAAACAGUCAUCAAAGCCACAUACCUUGUCGUCGACAGUGUGGAAGCGCUUUCGAAGUUUGGCCCCGAUGCCUGGGACCGUGUAGUGUGCGUCAUGACCACUGGUCAGGCCUGGCAGUUCCGCCCGUAUAAAUGGAACGAACCACGGCAACUAUUCCACAAUGUGAAAGGCAUCUACGUCUCGUGGUCGAACGACCCUCCUAACGUGAAGAUUAAAGAUUGGAACGUCACUGAACUGAAGAUCGAUCCUCAUCGACGACAUGUUGACAAAUCUGUCGUUGCUCACUUUUGGAAGCUGCUCGAUACUUGGAUACAGACGAACAAGCCGUGGCUCAUGAAGGUCUGA